GGAUCAACAUGGCCGGCGCACCCCGAACCGUGCUCAUCUCGGGCUGCUCCUCUGGGAUUGGCCUGGAGCUCGCCGUGCAGCUGGCCCAUGACUCUCGCCAGCGCUACCAGGUGGUGGCCACCAUGAGGGACCUGAGAAAGAAGGAGCCGCUGGAAGCAGCUGCCGGGGACGCCCUGGGAAAGACCCUUACGGUGGCCCAGCUGGAUGUGUGCAGUGACGAGUCGGUGGCCCAGUGCCUCAGCUGCAUCGAGGGAGGAGAAGUGGACGUACUGGUGAACAAUGCUGGUGUGGGCCUGGUGGGGCCCCUGGAGGGGCUCAGCAUGGCUGCCAUGCAGAAUGUCUUUGACACCAACUUUUUCGGGGCUGUCCGUCUGGUCAAAGCUGUGCUUCCCGGCAUGAAGAGGAGGCGACAGGGCCACAUUGUGGUGGUCAGCAGUGUCAUGGGAUUGCAGGGUGUCGUGUUCAAUGAUGUCUAUGCUGCCUCCAAGUUCGCCAUGGAGGGAUUCUUCGAGAGUCUCGCAAUCCAGCUGCUGCAGUUCAACAUCUUCAUCUCCCUGGUGGAGCCUGGCCCAGUGGUCACUGACUUCGAGAGCAAGCUCCUGGAGCAGGUGUCCAAGGCCGAGUUCCCGGGCACCGACGCUGACACCCUGACCUACUUCCGAGACCUCUACCUGCCAGCCUCCAGGGAGCUCUUUAGAUCCGUGGGACAGAGUCCACAGGAUGUGGCUAAGGCCAUUGUCAAGGUCAUCGGCUCCUCCAGACCACCCCUGCGCCGCCAGACCAACACCCGCUACAGUCCCCUGACAGCGCUCAAGUCCCUGAACUCAUCCGGCCGUCUAUACGUGCUAGUGUCCCACCGUCUGCUCUUCCGCUGGCCGCGUCUCCUCGACUUCAGCAUUAGAUGCCUCGGCUUGGGCAGCAAGAGAACCCAGGUGCGGCCUGGUGAGCAGCAGUAA